GCAGUCUUCAAUGAACCUAAAUCGCUCUUGGAUCUCUACACCCCACGCUAUACGGUUGGAUUAGGAGUGAACAAGCAAGCUCUAUGUACGAUUUGCUAUGAGGAAGGACGCAUUUUCUGGAGGAAAAUGAAACAAUCUCAAUACAACUUCCAUUUGAUAACUUUUCAUGGUAUCUCACCCAAAAGUCGUCUACCUUUUGAUCCGCCAGUUGCAUUCAGAAAGCAAAAGAUCGUCAGGGAUGAAAGAAACAACAAACGAAGAGAAUGGAUGUUGCAGGGACAAUGCCAUAAUUGCCAAAAAUUUAUCGAUAUGGAGUCCGUACGUGAUGCAACGGUCAACGUGCCAGAGCGCUACUUUUGGGAACAUGCAAAAGAUUGUCAU